GGGCUGGAGCAAUAGGACGCGCCACAGCAGAGCAGCCACUUAUGAAAAAAGGAAGGAGUCAGAGAGGAGGGUCACCGAGCGUUCAGGAAACGACUCCCAAACUCAGGGGCUUGGUCAGAGGAGGCGGGGAGCUAUUUGUUGUUGGAAAAGCUGACAGGCGUACAAGUUAGAGGGGAGGGAAAAAAAAGAGCGAGGUGGCUGCCUUGACUUUGAGUUGGUCAGUGAAGGCCUCAUGCAGCUUCUCAGCAGCAGCUCUGUUCCAUUUUUAUCCGCCUGACGCUCGUCGGCUUUCAGCAGAGCUCACCAGGAGCCCAGAGGGGAGGGAGAUAAAGGACUUUAACUCAGGAGGGGGGAACAGGAAAGAAAGAAAACAUGAUGACCCAGGAACAGUGCUCUCAUAGGAACAAUGUCCAGAGUUCAGAGAAACCACAAGUGUACAAAGUGGGAAUAUACGGCUGGAGGAAACGCUGCCUUUACUUUUUCGUCCUGCUGCUAUUGAUCCUGAUCCUGAUCAACCUGGCACUAACUAUCUGGAUCCUCAAAGUCAUGAACUUCACCAUCGACGGCAUGGGCAACCUCAGAAUAACAGAAAAGGGCCUGAAACUGGAGGGAGACUCCGAGUUCCUGCAACCUCUUUACGCCAAAGAAAUCCGGUCCAGUCCAGGCCGCUCGCUGUUCCUGCAGUCGUCCAGAAACGUCUCGGUCAACAUUGUGAACAGCAACAAUCAGCUACUCACGCAGCUCAUCACAGGAUCCCGUGGAUUUAAAGCACGAGGGAAGAUGUUUGAAGUCAAAUCCACCUCCGGGAAGCUGCUCUUCUCUGCCGACGAGCAGGAAGUGGUGGUGGGCGCAGAGAGGCUCCGAGUGAUGGGGGCCGAAGGAGCAGUGUUCAGCAAAUCUGUGGAGACACCGCAUGUCAGGGCCGAGCCGUUCAAAGAGCUACGAUUGGAGUCUCCCACUCGCUCUUUAUUGAUGGAGGCCCCGAAAGGAAUCCAGAUCCUCGCCGAGGCUGGAGACAUUCAGGCCAUCUGCAGGAACGAGCUGCGGCUGGAGUCCAAAGAUGGAGAGAUCUCUCUGGACGCUCGGAGGAUCCGCCUGAUGAGGCUGCCAGAAGGGAAAGCCUCCACCAGCUCCUCGUCCUCAGGGACCAGGCAGACUGUCUAUGAAGUUUGUGUUUGUCCUAACGGGAGACUUUUCCUGUCUCUGGCUGGCGCUGGAUCAACCUGCCAGAUCAGCAACAACGUCUGCCUCUAGGACUACUACUCUAGGAUUUUGUAUAACUAUAAGAUAUUGAGAAAAAAAGUGACACGCAGAGCAGGCCAAUGUACAAACGCUGUCUGCCUCUAGGACUGAUCCAUGGUGAAUACAAAGACUGCCAGAGCCAACGGACAAACAAAUAAACAUCAAUUUUCAAUCACAAACACUUUAACCUUAGGUUCAACUGAUGUGUUUAAAAAGUCAAUAAAGACAAGUUUUCUUUAAGGUCUCUGACAGGUGCCAAAAUUUCAGUCUGAACAUAUAUUUUUUCCCUAACAUCCACAAGACUCUAAAAGUUACAGGUUUUAACAACUUUUUAAUACAGAAGGACAGAAUGGCACCUUUUGCUCUCUCUUUUGAAAAAUCUUCUCAGAGACAACUAUAAAUAAGGUUGAUGUUUGUAAUGUACUGGCUUGACUCUAAAUAACUCACAUGACAAAGGUAUUUAUUAAAAGCAAAUGAACACAGCAAACACUCAAAAUAUAACAACUGACAGACAUGGAGAGGAAAUUCCCCAGAGAUCUGCUAUAAAAGACACUGAUCUGUUCCCCUUUUCCCUGGAGUCAGUCAGUGCCAGAUUCACUAGGGCGAUCACCCCUGUCAACAGGCCUUCUACUUUUCUUAAUCUUCUUUUUUUUUCCUUUUCUACUUUACUACAACUCACAUAAUUUAUCUUUUCAGUAUUCAUAAAACAGAACUUUAUUCCAAUCGUCAAACCUAACGACACUGAACACAAGGGCUUGGACAUGUUUGAAGUGAAAAUGCAUUGCAGUGGUUUUCUACAGUGAGAACUUAACCUACUGUAUUUUAAAAACAUGUAAAAAGGAACACAUGUAAUGCAAAUGCAACAUCAGUCAUCCGGUCCCACAUUUGGAUCUUUAACUUGUCCUUUGGCUGUUUAUGAACUUUCUCACAAAGUCUGUUUUUACUUUAUAGCCUAAAACUAAUCCUUGGCUAACCUGGAAAGGGUCUACCUUGAGAUGAUCCUGAUUGAUUUUAAUUGCCCCAGAUUUCUAGGUAUAUAUGAAAUCAUUGGCUCGCCAAAACUUUGUAUCCUUAAAACCACUUAAUCACGUCAUUGCUAUUUGGAUUUUUUAUCGCCAGACAACAGAUAUAUAUUAUUUAGUGUAUUUGCAUGUAAUUUUAUUAAGUUGACAUCCACUCACAUUUUCUACAUAGGUUUAACUGAAAAUUUAUAUUGGUCAGUGUUGCCGUGUUGUAUUUUAGUUUUUCUCAAAUUUAUGUUUUAUUUGUCCUCAUUUUUUCAUCAGUCCCAAAUGUGUUCUUUAGCUCAAGCAUUUAAGAGCAAAUAAAUCAAACCCUAUUAAUAACCUAAUCAACCAGUCAUAAAAAACGAUUUAUUAUGUUCAACAUGGCACAUAGAACUCACGCUCUGAGGUUUUAUCCUAACAAACUAAUUAAAUUUUAGUAAAUAUCUAAUGUAAACUAGCAUACUGUCGCUGCUCUGCGGCUGUUUUUCUCAUUUUGCUUUUCGACGAAAACAAUCCUAACCAGGCUGUUCAGAGGCAAAAGAAAAUACAUUAAAGUGAUGUUAUCACUGACUAUUUUAAACCACAAAGAAAGAAAUAAGCUGCCUGAACCCCUGUGGUGGUCCCCCUACUUGUUUCUUGCACUGAUUAAAAAAAGAAAAAGUAAAAAAGAUAAAGUAAGCCACUCUAAUAAGAGAGAGGAACUGUGCCUGUGCCUUAUGUCAAUGCACUCGUGGCAAGAAGAAGCACAUCAGACAAACUUUCUUUGGCAUCAACAAGCUACAUGAUCUGAUUCUAGUUUGGUUUUUAUCCGAUUCAAAAACCUUUCCUUGUGUGCGAAUGCAAAGACUUUCACCCGCCUCCGACUGUAGAUGUUCACAUCUGACUGUUUGAAGGGACAUGCUUUCUUUCAUGCGUCACAGCUUUGAUUUUUGAUGAUCAAAUAUUGUGUUGAAGUGUAUGUGUUAAAGCUUGACUUGGCAAUCAUGUGAUCCUGUGGAGUUUAAGAUGUAUCGGCUCAAUUUUUAAACACUUGGAUAUUUAUCUUCAGAAUGCACCAAAAUAUAUUUUUGUCAUUACAAAUGUGUUUCAAAGUUCUCUUAUGAUCUUCAGCAUUUAUCGCUAAAUUCUUCACUGGGGAUGUAAAGAUAUACUUUACAGAAGUUUGAACGCUUUGCCACCUUUAUGUGUAGUUGCCAAGCAGCCUGCUAGUGCAGUCUGAGGCAUUAAAUCUGGAAUAAUACAGCAUUCUUGCUAUGGAAAACUUUAAUAACUGCUAAAAGGAUCAAAGUUAGGUUUAAUGUUUGGCUGAGAGUGGCCACCAUUUUAAGAAAGGAUGUUUUCUAAAUUGCAUUGUACAUUUUCACUUAAAACAACUAAAUUUUUAUCUGGUCAUUAUUGUGGAAAUGUGCAACAUUUAAAUUCACAUUACAGGACACAAACCUGAUAUGUGGGGUAGAAGGAUCUGUUUUCAAAACAGGCGAAAACCAGAAGUGUUUGACAAGAGUCUAUUUACCUUUAUCAUGUCAAAAAUGUGCCACGAAGUACAGCGUUGGUCAGUAAAAGAAUAAAAUCCUUUCUUUGGUAAUCUUUA